AGAGAGAGAUGCCCAGCAGCCCGCAGCGAGGAUUAGCAGGUCUCUAACUGUGCCUGCGCUCCGUAUCUUGCAUAAAUGUUACAGUGGGAAUCCCCGCUCUAAGGCAAUCAGCAUCCCAUUGAUGGCAGGGACAAAACGCCCCAUUGAUCCGGGCAGGAUCUUUCCCACCCACCCACCUUCCUCGCGCCUAUCUCCCCCACUUCCUUUUGCAUUUUUGCGAGGGGGGAGAGUGUGUGUGUGUGUGUGUGUGUGUGUGUGUGUCUGACUUGUUGUGAGGUAACUGGAUAAACACCAGCCCGCUUCCUGCCCGGCGGCUGCUGAUUGGCUCUUGGGAUUCUCAGGAAUGCGAGCGACCCCUUAAAGGCGAGCGAAGCUCCUGCAGCAGCUCCAGUGCAAGCUGCCAGGAGUGAGAGCCAAGGGGAACCUGCGAGGGCUGCAGGCAACUGAUCACCCGUUACAAUCUAAGGAUCCCUCGUUCUCUCUCGGACUGCUCCAGGGCCGGGGAGAGAGAGACCUGGGCUGAGGGGCAUUGCUCGCUUGGGCUCCACACAGCCAGAGGCGCUAACGAAACCCAACUAAGGGCCAUAUCGGAAAGUCCGAGAGCUUCGCAAGGAUAUUUAUCUCUCUCGGCUGGGUUACUACAAGAGAUAUUUCCUCUUGGGGCUGGUUACUUCUUCGGAUUCCUUACUUCUACAAAGGUAAGUGCUGAAGAGCCAGCUUUCCUCUUGCAAGUUUGCAGUAAUAUUUCGAAUGCUCAAAAGCGAAUAUUAAACUACUAUGGAUGAUUUUGUUUUGAAGCAUGCAUCUUUCCCGCUCUCUUUUCCUUCACUUUUCAUCCUCCCUUCGUCUUUCCCCCCUGUAUUUUUGGUUUCUCUCCCGUCUUUGUAUAUCGUCUCCAUCCCCCUCCUAUCUUUUGCACACCUUUCCUCCCAGCCCGAUUCCUUUCUGUCCGCCGCUAAGCUAACGCGGGUGUUUGGCCCGAAACCUUUGGAGUGACCAGGCUGCGGUUUCCCUUUCUUGUUUCAAGGUCGCUCCUUUGGGUCGAGAUCCGUACCAUGGAGUUACCGGGCGGCCUCUUUCUCCUCCUGAUGCUGGGGGUCUGCGCAACGAACCGAAUUCCAGGUAAUCCGAAUUUUGGGGGCGCGGAGCGGGAGGGCGGGGGGAUGGCAGCCACUUCAGCCUAGAUUUGGCGGGGAGAGGUCACUCGUGCCUAGUUAAUAAUAUUAUUUAAAGGUCGGGCUGGGACCUUUAUAGUGGCGUUGGUUUUCGAAGAGUAGCCCGGCUACUUCUCUAAGGCGAGCGGGACUUCGGAUUGGUGGCUGUGGGCAGCAAUCCCUUGCGUCCUAUUGGGUGGAUUCGCGGCUUCUGGGGCGGUUAUCGCAUUGGAGCAGUUGUGUUGCGAGGAUAGCAAGCGUUGGGGUUUCACAGAGCUCUUCUCCGGGCAGUAGGCAAUGUCCUUGGUAGAGCCUAUGCCCUGCACGCAGCAGGUCCCGGGUUUGUUUGCUGACAGGGGUGUCUGAAACUCUGGAGCGUAGAGCCCCUGCCAGUCAGUGUAGACAACGCUGGACUCUUGACUCGGUUUAAGGCAGCUUCCUUGGUUCUUAGGCUGUGUUGACUGACGUGACUAAACUUCGGAAGAAACUCCGAAGGAGCCUUGCCUGAGCCCCUCACCUUUCCCCCCUCGGGCGCCCGAAAGGAGGAGUUUUGUUUCCCCCUGCUGGGCGCGGAGUCUCGUGAGGCCGGCCAAUAGCGCGGCGGACGUGGCUCCGGAGAGCGCUUGGGUGCCCUCUGCUCCCUCCCCGCGGGCCGCUUCUCCUCUGAGGGCUCGCAGCUUGGCGGGCUCGCUCCUGUGCGCCGAGGAGAGUGAGGCGGUUUGGCGCCUGGAGGAAGGGGGGGGAGGGAGGCGCUUUCCCUCAGCGCUCGCUUUCCUGUAGGUGGCUCACACAAACCCUUGUGGGACGCUCCGGACCAGACACACGAGCGGGGCCGGGAGGGCAGGGGGAGGAAGCCGCAGACGUGCAGAGAACGGGGUGAAUUGAUUUCAAAGAAGAGAGGCACCUUCGGCUCCCUGGACGUCUUCUCUCCACGUACAUGUGUGUGUUCAGGCAAAGCACGUAGGACUUUUUAAUGAUUAUUACUUCACCUCUUCCAAGGCUUAGUCCUGGCACUGGGCCCGGGUUCUGAGCUGAGCCCUGCACUGUUCAAAUGCCUUGCCUGAGGGCAUGCCCGACCCCUUUCCCCAAGCUGCUUUGUAGCUUCUGUGAGUCAGCUGUCUCUCUUUACCUGGAAGCCUGCACAACUGCCUUCCCACCUCCCGAUAUAGACCAGAGCUCAUUCCUUCUUCAGUUCUUCCCCUCACACAGUCUCCUGGCAUUUGCCCUCUUCUCUCGACAGGCUCCCAUUGUAUAUCUCUUUCCAGUUUGCCUCAGCCAGAGCCCCUUGAGAGGGCAAGGAAGGCGAGGAGAAUUCCUGGAACCUACCUCACCAGGAAAUUCCUGGUUUUCCAGGGUAGCUGGUCAUGGAUUGAAAGAGCUCUUUGCUCCCUUAGACCCUGAAGUUCAGCCAGUGAGGCAAAAGUGUGUGAGAAACUGGCUGGAACCAUUGCAGCCUCUCCUCCAUCACUGCUAACCUCCUGCAGAGCCUGGAGACUGUGGCAGGGAGUUGCUCUGAGACUGGGGAUGGCAUAGAUACUGAGAAGCAGAUCACAGCUAUUUGUUUCCUGGGAGCUGAAUAUUUUCUCUAGAAAGUCUGGCCAUGAUAAGUUCCUUUGACUCACCUCCAUACAAUCCUGUUCCCGGCUUGUGAUAUUCAGUCCACGCUUCCACUUUCUCUCUCAACCUUUUGACAGAAGCCGAUAAUCAGUGUUUUCUGUUUCUUUCUCUUUCUCCUGCCAGAAAAUGGUGAUGAUGACAGUGUUUUCGAUCUGUUUGAGUUGAUUGGUUUUAGUCGCAAGGGAGCUCGCAAGGCACUAGGGGUGCAUCCAGUCAAGGGACCCGAGACAUCCAGCCCUGCCUACCGCAUUGAUGAUGCCAACCGUAUCCCUGCUGUUCCUGACUACAAAUUCCAAGACAUUCUUGAUGCCAUCCAAGCUGAGAAGGGCUUCAUCCUGUUAGCAAACCUUCGCCCAAUGAAGAAGAUCCCUGGCACGCUGCUGGCUGUGGAGCGCAAAGACAGCUCUGGCUAUGUCUUCAAGUUGGUGUUGAAUGGCAAGGCUAAAACCUUGGACCUGAGUGUCUUCCCCAAGGAGGGCAACCAGAGUCUGGUGUCGGUGGAGGAAGUUGAGUUACCCAACGCACAGUGGAACAACAUCACCCUCCUAGUCCAGGAAGAUCAGGCUCAGCUCUACGUGGGCUGUGAGAAGCUGAUGAAUGUUGAGCUGGAAAUCCCUAUUCAGAACAUCCUCACCAGGGACCUGGCCAGCAGUGCCAGACUCCGCAUUGCCAAAGGGGGAGUCAAUGACAACUUCCAGGUAAGAUGCCUUUAUUGUGGUAGCAGGUUUGUGAGUUUAUCUCAGGGAUCUGACUUUAUUCUGCUAGGAAGCAAAAGUGAAGCAACAGGUUUCAAAGACGGAGAUAUUUCUUUCCCCUGAUUUUUAUCUGUCAUUAAAAAAGAAGCAUCUGCCCUUGGGGUUAAAGAAAAAGAGAGGUUUUUUUUUUUACUUUCUGCCCCAGAUGCAAAAAUAUCUACCAUUCCUUUCAAAUGUGAGGUUUAAAUCACCUGCAAGUCUCAUAUUUACAUUAACAAUUGAUCCUUGUCCAUGAAAAAGACAAUGUGAAGGAGAGGAAUUUUAUAGUUAGCUACCAUUCUGACUAUAUGGGUGUUUCUUUACAUUUGCAUUACAAAUCUAGCUUCUUUUAGCUUCAUGUGCAAAAAUCUCCUGAUUUUUAGCACAUAGAACAAGUCUUUAUUCAAUAAUCACUCCACUUAAAUUGGGAAGUUUGUAUCAAUUGUAAAUAGAAUAUUUUGAAAAUGUAUUUUUUUGGCAAUGCUACCCUCCCAUUUUUCAUCAAAAGCUGACAAUAAAUGCAUUGUUUUUAAGGGAAUGCUGCAGAACGUGCGGUUUGUGUUUGGAACCACAGUGGAAGCCAUCCUGAGAAACAAAGGCUGUGAAAGCUGUAAGUCUGCAAUAUGUCUCCAGAUUUGCUGACUUAUUAAAGAUAUGUAUUUGAUGUAUGUGAAAGAACAGUGAGAGAAGUUUCAUCACACAGUAAACUGCAAAGCAUUGUAAACUAAGAAACUUCUGUUACAAAGUGCUAUGUAUUUUUUAGUCUACUCUCUAAUUCUGUGAGAUUAUAUAUCUCUAUAAUCUGUAUGCCCCUUUCCCUUUUGUUUUAGCCACCAGAAGAGUUAUUAUAUUGGACAAUCCCAUGAAUGGCUCCCGUCCAGCCAUCCGUACUAACUACAUUGGCCAUAAAACAAAAGACAUCCAGGCAAUCUGUGGAUUCUCCUGUGAUGAACUAAACAAUGUGUUUAUAGAAUUGCAAAGUCUGCGUGCCCUGGUUACAACACUUAAAGAUUCAGUCAGCAAAAUGGUGAGUGGCUGUUAAAUACACAAUAAUGAAACAGGGACAAUGGGUUUCUAAGGGCUCCUUGACACAUACAAGCCACCAGCUGCUUAUAUUCUGCAAACAAACAAUUGCAUGUAACAGAAGGCAGGCUUGUAAACAGACACUCCCCUGUGGUGAUUAAGAAUCUCCCUCAGGGGACCAGGCAGGGAACUUCAUCACCAAGCUGUUUGUAUGUCACAGACUGACUACCUUAAGUGUGGACCGACAUAAGUAGAUACUACGAACAGCAGCCAUUUCUAGCAUGGAGGUGACUGUUUCUACAGUGACCAAAGUCACAGAAAUGGCAGCUGCAGGCAGCAUUCAUGAGUAGACUAUUUUACCUUGAAAACCUCCCUUAUGGUCCCACACAUGGGACCCAACUGAGAAAAUAAAUGGCUAACUUGCAUGUAUGAACUGAUCCAUGCAGCAUGAUCUUGUCCCAUGUUUCUUUGAAGCGAGCCACACACUAGUCAAGUGUAAGUGCCUAUGGUUUCCACCUAAGUGCCCUUAUUUGGAAGCAGGAUUCAUUAAAAUUAAUGGGGCUGAGUAUAAUUUGUUGAAGUAAUUUCUUUACUCUCUAAGUGUGAAAUUCAGAUUGAUCUAAAUCCACUUUAAAACUUUCCUUUUCAGGAUGGUAUUUUUCAGGAAGUGGGUGCUACUCGGUAUAGGACAAGUCCUGGAGUAUGCAUCCAUAAUGAUGUUAUGUACCAAAACACAGCUGAGUGGACAACAGAUAGUUGUACUACAUGUACUUGCCAGGUAAAGACUCCUUACUGUUAAUAUAAUUUGUGAGUAUUUGAUUUGCCAUGGGGAAGGCUGGAGUGCGUUUUUGGAUGGGUGAUAUGUGCAAGGACACUCUGAAGGCUGCAUCUGCACACACUUUGAGCAUUCACGUGUCCAGGUAAACACCUGAACAUAUCUGGGAACAUUAGUCCAUUGAAUUCUGAGUUAAAAGAACCUCAGGCUGAAAAGGUGCUGAUUCUCUGGCAAGAGGAGGGGCUGUUUAUUUUUUCUCUCUCUCAUAGGGAUUAUUUUUUUAAUGUGAAUUGAACUGUGGUUCUUUAUAUAUUGCUGGCACCUGAUACGAUCUUAAGAUUUUGUUAGCCUCUAAAAUUACUUUAAAGAACAGGGUGGGAAGGUGGAGGUGUGAGACUGUUUCACAGAAUUAGAAUUAAUAUCUAGAUUGGUCCAAAAUAUCUUUGAGAAACAUCUCUGAUAUAAUUCUAGCAUUAAGCAAUUCUGAGGUGAAAGAGUAAAUUUUCAUACGUUUGUCAAUAUUGUCUUUCCUUAUUUAGAACUCUGUUGUUAUGUGCCAUAAAGUAUCUUGCCCUCUCAUGCCUUGUUCCAAUGCCACCGUUCCUGAUGGAGAAUGCUGCCCACGAUGUUGGCGUAAGUAGUUUAGGCUCCUUAACAUUUUCAACUACUUGGUUCCACUAGAAGCUGUGUUGUAAAAUAUACCGCUAUGGCAGCAAAUAUACUAUAGUUAAGUUGCUGGGCAGGGUUUGCACAUAACACUACACCAUGGUUUAAUAAACCAUAGUUUAAUAUGUCAUUACUUUGGGUUGUGUGCAGGCUAGGCCAUUGUUUUCAUGAAGUUUAAUGAACAAGAAAUAGAGGUAGGUUAGAAGCUAUUUGAUUAAAAAAGUGUUUCAGUGCAGAACAGUGUGUUUUAAUGAGAUAAAUGGAGUGAAAAAUUAUGAGUCAUGGGGGUGUGUAGAGUGUGUGUCUGAACUUAAAAAUACUUAGUUUAUCUUUUGGUUACAAUUUUAUUAAUGUUGUUAAUAUUGUUUUAUAGAAUAGCAAAUCAUUCCAGCAUUUAUAAUCAUAUAAUAUGACUUCUGCUUCAAUUUUGAUGUUUAGUUUAUUUUUUAGUUGUUGCUUUGUUAACGUUUUAUAGAUUGUAAUUGUUUUACUGAUGCUCUGUUAAUUAUUAUUUAUGAUGUAUGCUGUAUUUGUGGUCUAUUAUGUUCUAUCAUGUUAUUGUUUUUUAUUGUUUGUAAGCUGCUUUGGAAUUCAUUUGAAUGAAAAGUGGCAUAGAAAUAUAAUAAAUCAAACACGUGAUAGAAAAUGUAUUGCAUAGGAUUUAAAUAGGGAAUUGCUUCUUUUUACAGCCAGUGACUAUGCAGAUGACAUUUGGUCUCCUUGGUCUGAAUGGACUACCUGCUCUGUGACCUGUGGCAAUGGCAUUCAACAGAGAGGUCGCUCUUGUGAUAGAAUCAACCAUCGCUGUGAAGGCUCUUCUGUACAAACACGAAUUUGCAAUAUGCAGGAAUGUGAUAAGAGAUGUAAGCAUUUCAUUUAUUUACUUUGAAAACAAUGCAACCUGUUCUUGUCCUGAGCUUGCAAUAUGUUGAAAAAUUCUGAUUAAUACUUCAUGCUAGCACUAUUAAAUUGCUUGCAAAUUGCCAAUUGCUGACAAAAGGAGCUGAUAAGAUAGUUGACUGCUGUAAUUAAUUACUGUGUAAAUCAUUGUUCAAUUACUGUGUAAAUUAUUGCUUAUCUUGACAUGCACAGCAUCAAGUGUAAUGACUCUCAGUACCAAGUGUGUACCAUUGCCAUCUUUCUAUUAUUGCAAUAUGUUGGUUUCUUACUUGAAUUGAAUUUCAGCAAUUCUAUAUUGCUGCUAGUGCCAGAAGAAAGCUACAAAUCGCUUAAAAGAGCUUUAAUCCUCAUAGUUGGUAACAGCUGUGUCUGUUUAUAGUCAAACAGGAUGGUGCCUGGAGCCACUGGUCCCCUUGGUCUUCCUGUUCUGUUACUUGUGGAACUGGAGUGAUCACUAGAAUCCGGCUGUGCAACUCUCCACUACCUCAGAUGAAUGGCAGAGAGUGUGAGGGAGAGGCAAGAGAAAACCAACCAUGCCAGAAAGAUCCUUGCCCAAGUAAGUUUAGUCUUAAAAGAUGAGUGUUCUGUGCAAUAAUUUUUUCCCCAAUACUCCAUUGCUUGUUAUAUAGGUGAAUAGUGUAUAGCUAAGGUAUGGCAUUGGAUGCCAUAAGAUAAGUGGUACCCACCAACCUGGAUGGCUCUGGAAGAGUUUAGACUAAUUCACAGAGUAUAAGGCUUUCACUGACUAUUAGCCAUGCUGCCUGGGUUCUGCUUCCACUGUUGCAGGCAGUAUGCCCCUUAAUACUAGUUGCUGGGAAUCACAAGUGUGGAGGGUGCUGUUGCAGUUAGAUCUGGCUCAUGGCCUUUCUACAGCAAUUGGCUGGCCACUGUGAGACCAGGAUUCUUAACUACAUUGCUUUGGCCUGAUCCAGCAGGGCAUUUCUUACGUGAAAUCUGCUGAGAUGGCACUUCCCCACCCCACCCCACCCUUUUUUAAAGGAACAUCACAGCCUGAAUUUUUCAACAUCUAGAUUUGUUUGUGAUUAGGCAUAUGAAGGUACCAAGGGCAGUUGUGCUCUGUUCCCUGGAUGCUAAUAGUCGUGUGUUUUUUUUUAAAUCAUUUUUUCUUUAGUAAAUGGUAACUGGGGACCAUGGUCACCAUGGGACACCUGUCCAGUCACCUGCGGAGGGGGCCUUCAGCAGCGCGGUCGUCUCUGCAACAAUCCUGCACCCCAGUAUGGAGGGAAGGAUUGUAUUGGUGAUGCUAAGGACACCCAGAUCUGCAACAAGCAGGAUUGCCCAAUUGGUGAGUAAUGACCUAUUUUGAAGUAUAAAAUGGUGUUUGGUAGCUCUGCUCUGUCAUCUUCAGAAGGAUGUAACUAUUUGUCUAAGUUUUCCCAUUGGAAAAAAUAUAUAUCGAGAUACAGCCACAUCUUGGCUGUAUGCUGGACAAAGCUGUUCAUAUUUCUUAAUUGUGUAAUUUAGAGUAGAAAAUGAUAAGAACAACCAGUGCAAAGAAAGUCAAAUUAAAACUGAGCUGAUUUUUAAAAACACAGAAGAGUAUUUGUUAAAUUUAUCUACCUUGCUCGCCACCAUUGCCCUGCACGAGGCUAAUAACAUUCUGGAAUGUCACCUUUAUCCUCUCUCAGAUGGGUGCCUGUCUAACCCUUGCUUUGCGGGAACUACAUGUACUAGUUUUCCUGAUGGUUCCUGGAAAUGUGGUGCCUGUCCUGCUGGCUAUCGUGGAAAUGGAAUUAAAUGCAAAGAUAUUGAUGAGGUAAGACGACUGGAAUUGCUUAUUUAUAUAAAAUGUAGGACUGAACUGUAAGUAAACCUACAGCUAAUUUUCCCUCCGUCACCUUCUUUCAUACUCCAGUGUCAAGAGGUCCCAGAUGCCUGCUUUGUCCUUGGUGGAGUCCACAGGUGUGAGAAUACUGAGCCUGGAUACCAUUGCCAACCUUGCCCACCACGCUUUUCUGGACCACAGCCCUUUGGUCGAGGUGUGGAGAAUGCAAUAGCAAACAAGCAGGUACUGCCAAAAUAUGAAAAGGUCCCUGCUCCUAAAACCUCGCCCCUCUCCUUUUGAAUUUAUAAGACAUGCCCAGGAGAGGGAAAAGAACAAGUUCAAUACAUUAUUCUAGAAAUUCAAGUUGCUCUGAUAGGAGAGUAUGCAUAUAUUUAACACCUGAAAAGAAUUCUAGGGUGAAUUCACACUAUUGCAUUCCGCCACGUGAUUUUGCUCACAGAUCUGCAUGGAUAACGUGAAUCAGAGAAAAAACAUCAUUACCAUGAUCAUAGCUGUACUUUCCUAGCAGCCACAACAAUGAAAGAAAUGGGGCCUGGCCUGUACAGCCUAGUUCAUGCCAGUUUUUAUGCAUAACAUAGACUGGCUCCAAGGACAACGUAUCUAUACUAUGUGUUUCAAUUAAAUUAGUUUAGAAUGAAUGCUUCUAAAAUCUUGAAAGCAAUAGCAUCAAGACAUGGUAGCUUUAAGCAUAUUCUUCCACACUUCCAUCUUCAGAUAUUGCUAUAAUUAAAGGCUUGGAUCCUAGCUUUUCCACCUCUUCCCUCUGCAGUCCUCCAUAACGCUUGCAAAAUUGCUCAUGGGGGUGAUGGACCUUGGGAAUGAUGUGGGGUGUGGUCUGGGGCCCUGUAGAUGGAUUUGAAAUAAAUAAACAUUCUCUGUAUGUGAACACAUCCAAGCCUAAGCUAGUAACUAACAUAUAGAAAUGCACAUAGGAUGCCUUGUUCUUUUAAAACAAAAGCCAUAAUUGGCUACUGUAUCCAUGGAGAAGUAUUCUCUUUUUUUAAAAGGCUUCCAUGUGUUGCUAUCUCAAAAUAACAAAAUGAUAGACACAUUUCUUGCAUGUAAUCUUAAUUUUCUUGUGUCCAUUUGGUCUCUUAGGUCUGUAAACCACGUGACCCAUGUAAGGAUGGAACUCAUGACUGCAAUAAGAAUGCCAAGUGCACUUACCUUGGCCACUUCAGUGACCCUAUGUAUCGCUGUGAAUGUAAGCCAGGCUAUGCUGGUAAUGGCAUUAUCUGUGGAGAAGACACAGACUUAGAUGGAUGGCCAAAUACAAACCUGCCCUGCGUUGCCAAUGCUACCUACCACUGCAGUAAAGUAAGCCAGUUUCUACAUAUUCUCUCUCUCUCUCUCUCUCUCUCUCUCUCUCUCUCUCACUCACACACACUUUAGAGCCCUGAAUGAAUGUACGCACCACAAACAUUUGAACAAUAAUAUCCAUACCUUAAAAGAAAUAAAAAACUGUCAGUUAGUGUACCUGAGUCAAAUGCUUAUGCAUAAAUUUGUUGAAAUAACACCUGUGUCGGAUUAUGGUUCAUACAUAGCUUUUAGAGUUGCCUAAUUUGGACAAUCUGAAAUGUCUUGGGAAAAUUUCUGUUUCAUCUUUAGUUUUCAUGAUAAAUUAGAGUAGAUACUGUUGAGUAUAUUUGAAUGGUACUAUGGACUGACACCGUUAAAAACAAAAUCUAGGAAAUAUAAUCUUACAAUCUGAGCACCUGGAUAUGUUGUAUUUAAAGGUGGAUAGUAAAGAAUUGUUUCUUUUUCUGCAGGAUAACUGUCCCAACCUUCCCAAUUCUGGGCAAGAAGAUUAUGAUAAGGAUGGAAUUGGUGAUGCUUGUGAUAAUGAUGAUGACAAUGACAACAUUGUAGAUGACAGAGUAAGUAUCGCGGAAACAGUCCUGUUCUGUCUGUGGUUUAGAUAAUAUUCAUUUUUGCCCCAUACCUGGGGGCUAUUUGCAGAACUUCAGCUUGGCAGUCACUGUAGGAAAUUGCAGGCACUGAUAUUUUGGAAUGUAUUUAAAGAGAAGCACAGUAAAGUAUUAUCAGAGUUUUGUAUUUUCAACAGCUGUAGGGAUCCCAUGCUUUAAAAGGCCUGAGAUUUACUUGGUACUUCAGAUUAUAGCAUCAUUCUGCUUCAGCAAGUAGACAGGAAUAUUCCAGAGCACAGGGGACUGGCCUUAGCUUCUCUUUCAGCUCCCUCUGUCACACUGUCCAUAUGGAUAUCGUUCUAUCAAUGCCUUUGCUUACUGCCUUUAUUCAAAUAAAUAUAGUCAACAAAUUUCUUAUAAAUCUAAAAGUGCAUGCAUGCUUGUAUGUUUAUGUUUUUUAACAUGGCUUCUUUAUUUUCUUUCUUCUACAGGACAACUGCCCAUUCAUCUACAACCCACAACAAUAUGACUAUGAUAGGGAUGACGUUGGUGAUCGCUGUGAUAAUUGCCCAUACAAUCACAACCCAGAUCAGAUAGACACUGAUAACAAUGGAGAAGGAGACGCGUGUGCUGUGGAUAUUGAUGGAGAUGGUACAGUUUUGUUGUUUAUCUUUUUCUACCCCCCCCCCAUCACCACACACUUUCUUAGUAAUCUACAAGUUGCCCAAAUUCAACUGCUGAUAUGAAAUCUUGCUCACUGUAUGGACCAAAUAUGUUGUACAUUGAGAGCUGUAGAAAGUUGCUCUAUACAAGUCUGGAUCCAACCCUGUAUUAUCAGCAUGUUUCAGCACUAGUCGUACUUGGAUUGUAGCUCUUCCAUGAACAAGCGGCCUGCCACAUGAUUGCUAACUAUUGUGUUAGUUCUAACAGUGUUAAUAUACGAUACUAGACAGAUCUACCUUUAACUUGGUUUCCUUUAGUUAUUUCCUUUUAGUUACUAGCUUCAUUUGGUCCCAUUAUAUGUGUGUACUAUUUAGACAUGUUACCAAGGUCACUAAAAUAUCUAAACUAUUUGUAUUUUUAGGCAUUCUUAAUGAAAGAGACAACUGCCAGUAUGUAUAUAAUGUGGACCAGAAGGAUACAGAUUUGGAUGGUGUUGGAGAUCAGUGUGACAACUGUCCUAUGGAACACAAUCCAGAUCAGGUCAGCUUAAUUCUUUGGCCUAUAAAUGUACAUGGACAUUCAGUUUUUAUUAACUCUUUGAUAUCUGCUAUUUAUCACACACACACACACACACACCUGCAAUAUAUGUCAGUUGGCAGCCUAAUAAGGAAUACACAAUUGUUUAUAACUGGGACAUGUGUGGAAAGCCUUGAUUUCUUUUUUAAAAAAUGCAUGAGGCAUUCAAGUGCAUAAAUCAUUUCUUUAUGUCAUGUUAGAUGCAGUAUCUUCUACUAAUAGAAAAACCACAUGGAUAACCAUGAGUAGCUUAAGUUCAUUAAUUUCAGAGGUUCUACUCUGAGUAGAAUACCACCCAUUAUGGUUUGGAAUUACUGUAGAAAGCAUACAUUCUGUACUGGAGCACAUCAGCUAGUAGCAUAAGUACCAAAUGGGAAAAAGAUCUCUGGUAUCAUCACAGUGAUAUUUUAUUAAAUACAGGCUGGUUAAGAUAAAGGAACCUGCACAGCGCUACAGCAUGGCACUCUCAUGUUUCAGAUAUUUAGCAUUAAAGCAGAACAUGUGCUGAACAAUGAAGGGUGUGUUUGCAAGGAAUGUAUAUCCAUGACACAAGAUGUCCUGAGGCCAAGAGGGCAGUGAAUUUAGAUUCACAUAAACAAACACACACAAAAUGCUUUGCUAAGGACAAAAGUUAAAGCUAUAUAGAAUGCUAACAUCACAAAGUUGUUUUCUCCACUAUUAGAAAAGCUGAAAGGCAUAUCCCACCAUAAAUAUAUAUAACCUAAUUAAACUUUGCCUGUUUAAAGGCUUGGAAAUAAGAGGGAAGCCCAACCCAUCCCAUUUAAUUUGAUCUAAUGCAGCAAUGGGUGAAGCUUGUGCAGUCAUGUCAUGUACAAGGCAGUAGGAUUAAUAGCUUCAGGGGCAUACCUUGGAUGCUUGAGUGGUCUCGGCAAAAUUGGAGGAAUCUAGAUCUGUUUUUCAUGUUACCCUGUGGGCAGUGUUGGCUAAAAGGAUGCUUACAAUAAAAGAAUCUGUUUUUAAUGUCCCUGUACUUCUGCUAGACUAUUUUUUUUAAUGAAAGGGUUCUCUCCAAAGUAGUGUAUAGCAGACGACAGUGACAAUGGACUGCAAGUAUUCCUGAAGUGCUGAGUGUCUCAAGUGACUCAUUUUAAGUUGCAGAAAAUGCCCCUCUUCAGCUAGCAGCUAAUGUGAUCGGUUGAUUUUUGGGUGACUAUAUUUCUCAGUGGACCAUCAGCCAAACCUGCAGUAACACGAAGCUGGAUAACUUAGGGCAAUCUGAUUAAUAUUGUAGUCUGCAUCUAGAGGUCUUAGGGCCAUAUUUCAGAAAGUAAGCAGCCUGAUGUACUAUUUGCAGUUUGCAUGUACUUUUAUAUCAUGACACUUCUAAAAUAAUGUUCAAGCAUUUAAUCAGUAUGUGGCAAAAAACAUUAUGGUGGAUAUUACCUUAACAGUGGGUCAUUACUGUACAACAGUAGCCUUAACACAGCCAUAGCAGUGAGGUAAAUAGAAAAUAUUCAUCCAGUUAUACAGCAUUAGUGCCCAGAAGGUACAAAGUGCACAAUAAAGCAGAAAGUGGCGCUUUUAUCUCAUCUGAAAAAGUAAACAAACAAGAGAUUAACACAUUCUGGCAUGGAAAUUACAUGGAAAUUCCUGCCAAGUAAAAGCAGAAACCACACCAUUCUCUCAGGCCCUGGUGUUUUGAGGAAUACAUUUAAGCAAUAAGAUGUCUGAAGAUAACCCAAAACAAGUUGGGACAGGUGGUUUUCUUUCUUUUUUUGUCUGUGGACAUUAACAUUAGCAAACUACAAGUGUGCAAUAGCUGUCAUACCAGCAUACAAAGAGAGCUCCUAUGCCUGCCAACCUGUUAGUUCACUUCAAUAAAGCUCCAUGUAUGCAAGGACUGCCUGUGCAGAGCUGUUCCCUCAACUGGCAUGAUAGCCAGCUGGAGUCCUGACCAUUGGAACUUCACUAGCAAGAAGCCACUGGAUGGGCCAAGACAGUCUAAAUUAGUAGAAAUCUUUUUAAGAUAGUUCUAGUUGGUACCCUUUUAAAAAUGCUUUACUUGAACAUGUUCGUCCAUUUUCCUUUCAGACGGAUUCUGACUCUGACCGCAUAGGAGACAAAUGCGAUAGCAACCAGGACAUUGACGAAGAUGGCCAUCAAAAUAAUCUUGAUAACUGCCCCUAUGUGCCCAAUGCAAACCAAGCUGACCAUGACAAGGAUGGAAAAGGCGAUGCCUGUGAUCACGAUGACGAUAAUGAUGGCAUCCCUGAUGACAAAGACAAUUGUAGACUGGUUGCCAACCCAGACCAACUUGACUCUGAUGGUAAGAAAAAUUAUUCACUGUCAACUUCUCUAACUAUACUAGAAGGGAUUGUCUAGCAUUAAAUUAAACACACAGUGUAAUGUUUAAUCAUCCUUUUAAGGGGGGGAAAUCCUUAAUGGCAAGAAAACAUAUCCUGCUUGUUCAGAUGGAGUAGCUCCAUGUGAAUGGAUCUACACAUUUCACUGAAAUGCUGUAAGAGGGUGUUUAUUGCGCAGACAGGGGAGCCUUUGGAGAUUUGGGCCUGGAACUGUAUUUUAAAAGGGAUCUAGGUGGAGAGAGAAAAGUUGUUUAAGGGAAUUAUCAAAUGUGCACUUUGGAUGGCAUUUGUUAGUGUAACUAGUAUAAUAGUUAUUGAUGUCAAGUAAUGGUGGUUUCGGUAGCACAGUUAAAAUCUUGGAUUAAUUACAUUAGAUAUUUUACUACUGCCAAUCUGAAAUGCACAUUUCAUUUUUAAACUCUCACAUAUUUUUUUAUUUCUCUCCCACUCCUCCACCAUUUCCUUUCUUUCUCUUGGGCUAGGUGAUGGACGUGGAGAUGCAUGCAAAGAUGACUUUGACCAAGACAAGGUGCUGGACAUUCACGACAUCUGCCCCGAGAAUGUUGACAUCAGUGAGACAGAUUUCCGCCGAUUUCAGAUGGUUCCCCUGGAUCCUAAGGGCACAUCUCAGAACGAUCCUAAUUGGGUUGUUCGUCACCAAGGCAAAGAACUGGUUCAGACUGUCAACUGUGAUCCUGGACUUGCAGUUGGUGAGCAGUUGAUUUGGGGUUUUCCUUUCUGUGUUUACUGUAGAAAGUGUCAUCUGUCUCUGGAUGAUAACUAUUCACUUAAAGGCUCAGCUGAAAGUACACACAAUACUUGCUUGCAUAAUAUAAUUUAGCAAGUGGUUCACUUACAUUCAGAUUCUAAGGUCUCCACCGCUCCAUAGUGGUGUAGCCCUAAGCCAGCCAGCCUGCCUGCCUGCCUUUGUGACAGCAGAGCAGCAAAGGCAAUAGGUUGUGGUCCUACCUAUCUGCUACGUCCACUAUGACUUCAAAGCAAAUCUUUCCAUAUCCGAAAGAGUCACAUGAAAACCUGUGGCCAAAGGACAAUAAAUCAAAGAAGUCUUGUGGUAGAAUCUCUAAAUACAGUACUUCACACCAGUGAGCCUUUGGAAGAGGCUGAGGCCUUAAUUAAUCAUAGGGGGAACUGACUAUUCUUGCAGUUUAAGAAAGACUAAAAAUCUCUCCUUUUUUUCUCUCUUUCACUCAGGCUAUGAUGAAUUUAAUGCUGUUGAUUUCAGUGGCACAUUCUUCAUUAAUACAGAAAGGGAUGAUGAUUACGCUGGCUUUGUGUUUGGUUAUCAGUCCAGCAGCCGUUUUUAUGUAGUCAUGUGGAAGCAAAUCACCCAGUCUUACUGGGAUCCAACACCAACCAAAGCUCAGGGAUAUUCCGGUCUUGCUAUCAAAGUAGUGAACUCCACCACAGGUCCUGGAGAACACCUCCGUAAUGCACUGUGGCACACUGGAAAUACUCCUGGACAGGUAAGAGAUUGUUUGAGUUAAUAAAUAAAACCUUCCUUUCUGCAAUCCUUGGACUAUUAUUAUUGUAGAAAGAAAAAUCAAAUUUGAAGAAUGAUAUUAAAUAACAAUGUAAGAUAAGAACGCACAAGUCUCUUUCAAAAGUCUUGUGCACAACAGGAUUAAUGUAAACUAACUUUCUGCAUUCAAUUCAGUAGAGGAGGGUUGUACCCAACUAAGCCAUUCUCUGAGCAGGCCCACUAAACUCAAUGAACUUUAGUUAGUCAUGUCCAUUUGUUUCAGUGAUAUGACUUAAUUGGAUUCAGUCCUUGGUGUUUACAUCUGUCACUGCUGAUUCACACAUUAUGUUUGUCCACAAGAGAAUGCUCAUUUUGACACAAAUAUAUACUGUAUGAAUAAGCUCUCAGAAUUCCAUUUAGUACCAAUGGGAUUUUCUUUGAACAAUUCAAUUAACAGCAUCAUACAUUCACUUAAGGCUUUUUCAAAUGUAGUAAGUGGGUGGAACAGGAAGAGCAAUGUUUGUGUUUCCUGUAUCUUUAGCUUCAGGCACCUCCCUCAGAGGACAAAAUGCACAACCUGCCCACAGAGUGGGAGGCCUGCAAAUAUUUCUGCUCUGUAUUCAAUCAAUGCUUAUGACAGGUAGAAACAGAAAGAAUAGGAAGCCCGAGGCCAUUGGGCAUGCUAUUCAUCCCCCUUUGCCAUGUCAAUUCAAUCUUUAUUACAGUCUAAGACCAGACAACAGAAAUCACAACACAUACAAAUAUAUGUCUGAAAUCGCAUUCCAAGCAUACAAUUGAUUUCAAAGACUUGUACCAGCAUAAUGGCAUGUGUAAUUUAACUACGUAUUUACUUUUCAGGUGCGGACCCUGUGGCAUGACCCUCAUCAUAUAGGCUGGAAAGAUUUCACCGCCUACAGAUGGCGUCUGAGUCACAGACCAAAGACUGGCUACAUUAGGUAAGCUUUGCAAAGUUUCUAAAACAACUUUAGAAGGACAAAUACAAUUUGGCAAUAGCUAAUUUUAUAGUUGCAGAAUAAGCAUUCUAUAUCAUGGCUGUGGUUAAUUACUGUUUCUCUUUACUGCAGAGUUGUAAUGUUUGAAGGAAAGAAGAUCAUGGCUGAUUCUGGACCAAUCUAUGAUAAAACCUAUGCUGGUGGUCGUUUAGGAUUAUUUGUCUUCUCUCAAGAAAUGGUGUUCUUCUCAGAUCUUAAAUAUGAGUGCAAAGGUAAGAAUCCAUAUUUCCGAAGCUGAGUUUGUUUUCCUGAAAUUACUGGUGAAAUAUCACCAUCACUUUAGCUUUACACAUUCAAAAUGUUUUGAUUAAAGUAAAGAAAUCUGUAACUCUUUGGCUACAACCCUUGGAAAAGGGGAAAUAUUGUAUUUAAUAUCAAGAGUGAUGUAAAAAUAUUUACGGCACACAAGGUUUGCCAUUGAAAAUAGAACUGUUGAAUUUGAAUCUAUAUUCAACAGCCGCUAGGUAAAGGUAAAGGUACCCCUGCCCAUUAGGUCCAGUCGCGGACAACUCUGGAGUUGCGGGCUCAUCUCGCUCUAUAGGCUGAGGGAGACGGCGCUUGUCCAUAGACAGCUUCUGGGUCAUGUGGCCAAUAUGACUAAACCGCUUCUGAUGAACCAGAGCAGCGCACGGAAACACUGUUUACUGCUCCCACCGGAGCGGUACCUAUUUAUCUACUUGCAUUUGACGUGCUUUCGAACUGCUAGGUUGGCAGGAGCUGGGACAGAGCAACGGGAGCUCACUCCGUCGGAGGGAUUUGAACCGCUGACCUUCUGAUCGUCAAGCCCUAGGCUCUGUGGUUUAGACCACAGCGCCACCUGUGUCCCUUUCAACAGCCUCUAGUGAUAUGCAAAAAUUAAGUCACUUUAUCAGAGCUAGAUGGCUGUGUUGCAUGGGUAGCCACUUCAUAAAAAAGCUUGGAGCAAUUCAGCUACACAUCUGACAUUUUGAAAGGGAAACGUGCAGUUACUAUUUAAGUUGCAAAACAGACAAUUGAACAGCUAAUUGUAGCUGCUUAAUUACUAAUGUAUCAGUGUAAACAGAGUGACAAAUUACUAUUUUUCCUUUCUUCUUGCAGAUCCGUGAUCACAAUGGCAGUUGAUACAGAAAUUAUUUUGAAAUGCUGUAUUGCACCUUCUGAGAAGUUUAGUUUCUACAAACCCUGGGACCAUUUUUUUUAAUCGCUCUUCACUUUCUUCUGCCUUUACAAAAUAGACUCAAAAUACAUGAUCUGCCUCAAGAGAAUGCUUUUGAGAGAGAGAAAACAGCAAAGAACACUUCAUUUCUGACCUCUGUUGGCACAGAAGAAAACAAAUGUAUUUUGUGAAUAAGAACAUUCCUUGCCUCAGGAGCAAAUAGUCACUUCUGUAAGAAAGGCAUUUGUGUAGCUGGGCAUUGUCACUGCCUCUCUUUAACUGGAGGUCCAACGGAGUAGCACUUUUGUAAUAAGACUAUCUUUAUGCUGUGUUGUGGACUACUUAAAAAUGAAAUAUAUACUUCAGCUUGUGGGAGAUGAGAGGGACAGGAAAGAGAUUAGCAGAAGUUGGAGGCAAAUGCCUCACUCUCUGAAAGGGGACUAUUCUCCCUGGGGUUUACAUCUUAAUUGGAGGGACUGUUACAUAUCUGACUAAUAGCCUGAUCCUCUGCAUGUUUGCUCCUAUGCAAGUCCCAAUGAGAGUUACUCCCACAUAAGAAUGCAUAGGAUUACAGCCUAAAUCUUUUUCAGUUAAUAAGGAACUGCUUUGCUUGAUUACAUCGGAAAACUAGCUGGCUAGCCCCAGGCAGCAUUAACAAAUGUUAAAAUUCAGUUGUGGGGUAAGAGGGGUAACAAUAUUGGCACAUUGGAUUACACCAGUUUAGUGAGAAAGGGGAUGCAGAGGAACAGAGGGGGAAAGCAAGUUUACAUGUGCCAAUGCAUGAUAACAAACAUGCACAGGUUUGAUACCAGCAACAGGCAGUGCAGAUGUAGCAAGAACACUGAAGUGCCAAAGAGCACUUUCAGCUCAACUUAGCACUUGUAUUGGCCUUCAAGGAACUAUGUUUUUUUCUUAUAUUAUGGUUACAAAGGCACAAAAGAUGACAAACACAAUUAAAAUACAAAAUUCUUUUCUACAAAAUGCAAUGGACUUUUUUUAAAAAAAACAACGUUUUUAAAGCAUUGAUUUUUGUAGAACUGUAGAUAAAGAAAAUGUAAAAUAUUUAUUUUUACCUAUCCUGUCUGUCAUGAAUAAGAAAGGACUCUAGAUUAAAACAGUAAAACAAUGCGUCAAGACUAUCCACAUAAUUUUGCAAUGUCUCCAUGACUGUAAGAUUGUAAAUACAGGUUAUUUAUUGUUCUAUAGUGAAUCUAGACAGUAGUGUGUGAAGAUAUUUUAGCUGUAAAGAGCAGGUUUUCCAGAAGCAAUGUGGGGCACAGCAAAAUGAAAAAUUAAAAAAAGCAGUGGGAGAGGGGGAGGUUGGGUUUUUGUUUUGUUAUCAGUGUGUUCUUCUUUCUUCCUCUGUACAAGACAACUGGCAAAGGAGCCUAGUAGGGCUACCCUACUGCUGCAUUGCCAAACCACAAAAAUGUUUAAAUAUUGAUUGCCCAGAUCUCUCCUGUCGGAGAGGUAAUAGCUUUCUAUUAACACUGGCCAUAAUCCGCUGUCAGUCCGUACUCUUCUCAUUUCAGAGGGAUUUGCAUGAGAGAUGCUAUCAAUGGAUUGUUGCCUUUAUCACCUUUGUUAUACUUGUAUGUUGCUAGUGCAUUCUAUCGGUCCAUGUGUCAAACAAAGAAGAAAAUCCCUGUCCUAGGGAAGAGGCAGACUAAAGGAAGAAAUGGCAUAAGAAUGUUUGAUUUUGCAGAUCGCACACCUCAGAUACCAGCGUGUGGUUGCUGGAGCAUAAGUGCCUCACAGGUGGGAUUUCAGGAGCAAUUUUUUUAAUUAAGAAAGACUGCUCGUGGUAUAAGGGGCAGCAAAACUUUUAUCUACGAGCCUCUUCUUACUAAGAAAAAAAGAAUGUCAAAGGUGAAAGUUUAUGUACAAAUAUUACCUCAUUGUUGUGUGACUGAGAAAAGGAAGAGAGAGAAAAACCUUUGGAUCAAGCAGAGUUUAAAUAUCUAACGAAAUUUAAAGCUACUGUAGUAUUAAGGAGAAACAAAAGAUUGCAAGCUGUAUAUAGUCAAGAUUGUUUGUUUUUUUUGCAGAAUUACAUAUUCCCAGUAAGAAAACAGCAUUGAAGCAAUGCUGAGAACAAUUUGUGAUACUGUGUUCGAUGGUUUCACCCCCUGUCAUCUUGCAUACCAUUCCUUGUAUUUGUAUAAAUUAUUGUUUUCAUUACUGUUGGAAUAGUUAAUCUUCUGUUUGUGUAGAUAUGCUAUUUAAAUAAUUUAUCAUGAAAUGCUACCUGUAGAGCUAGUGUUUCUAUUUUUAUAAAACAUUUGCACACUGAAUUGAAGAAUUGUUUUGUUUCCCAUCCCCAGUGUUGUUGCUCUUAGUAUGUUUUUUUUUUCUAAAAAUGAGCAUAUUUUGUACACAUGUUUAACCAUUUUACAACUUAAAAGCUGUGUAAAUUGUACAAUAAUGUUUCUUACAUACAAGAAACAAUAAACAAAUACAAAAAUCUAUAUUUAC